AUGUCUCAGCUCAACAACAACAACAAUGGAGGUUCUGUGCAUUGCUUUUCACCAACUCGGCGUGGCCUGACGCCUGGAAAGGCAGCCAUACUUGCAAUGGGGAAGGCAUUCCCAAGCCAACUCAUUCCUCAGGAAUGCUUGGUGGAGGGCUACAUUCGCGACACAAAAUGCAACGACUUGGCUAUUAAGGAGAAACUCGAGCGCCUGUGUAAAACCACAACUGUGAAAACCAGAUACACAGUCAUGUCCAAAGAGAUCCUAGAUAAGUACCCAGAGCUGGCAACAGAGGGCUCACCAACAAUCAAACAAAGGCUUGACAUAGCAAAUCAAGCAGUUCUGGAGAUGGCCAAAGAAGCAAGCCUUGCUUGCAUAAAAGAAUGGGGAAGACCAGCUGAAGACAUCACACACAUCGUCUACGUUUCCUCAAGUGAGAUCCGAUUGCCUGGUGGUGAUCUUUAUCUCGCCACUGAACUCGGGCUGAGGAGCGAUGUUGGCCGUGUGAUGCUCUACUUCCUAGGCUGCUAUGGCGGUGUCACGGGGCUUAGAGUUGCCAAGGACAUUGCUGAGAACAACCCUGGCAGUCGUGUACUGUUGACAACUUCUGAAACUACCAUCCUUGGUUUUCGCCCACCGAACAAAGCAAGGCCUUAUGACCUUGUUGGUGCUGCACUUUUUGGUGAUGGAGCUGCAGCAGUUAUAAUUGGCAGUGACCCAAUAACAAAGAAAGAGUGCCCUUUCAUGGAACUGAACUAUGCAGUUCAGCAAUUCUUGCCAGGGACACACAAUGUAAUCGAUGGUCGUUUAUCAGAAGAGGGCAUAUAUUUCAAACUUGGCAGAGACCUCCCUCAGAAAAUCGAAGACAAUAUCGAAGAAUUCUGCAAGAAACUGAUGGCAAAGGCAGGAUUGAAGGAGUUCAAUGAUCUGUUUUGGGCGGUUCAUCCCGGUGGACCUGCAAUACUAAACCGUUUAGAGAACACUCUCAAUUUAAGAACUGAUAAACUAGAGUGUAGCAGAAGGGCAUUGAUGGACUUUGGGAAUGUAAGCAGCAACACAAUCUUCUAUGUCAUGGAGUACAUGAGGGAGGAAUUGAAGAGAGGAGGGGAAGAAUGGGGUCUUGCUCUAGCAUUUGGACCAGGCAUUACAUUUGAAGGCAUCCUCAUUCGCAGCCUCCAGUGA